UACAGAAUAAGACAAUGACAACGAAGCCCAUUAAAUGACAGCUUAUGUCCCUGGAUACUGAAAACACAAACCUUACCAUCAGACGUCUUUUGAGUCCGCUGCAGAAACACACAGAUUAAGAUUUAAUUCAGUAAAACGCUAGAGAUAUUGGCGUUGUCCUUGUUAUUGGCGGAAUAAGCAGGAAUAUAUAUCGAGGUGAUAUGCAACUUUAAAGAUGAUGUUUAUUAAAGAGGAGAAUGAUGACACAUCUGGUCCAGAACCAUGCACAACAGAAAAUGAGCACCAGGAAGGCUUGAUGGAAGUGAAAGAGGAAAGUCACAUUCUGAAUGAAAUGAAAUGGAGGAGAGACACCGAGCUCAUGAUGUCCUCACAGAAGAAAAAUCAUUGAUUUGCUCCCAAACCGCAAAAAACAAUUUCUCACAAAGCAGCACUCAGAAAACAGCCAAAAAGCCUUUCACCUGCGCUCUGUGUGGAAAGCAGUGCGCCCACAGAGGCCACCUGAACGAUCACAUGUUAACUCACACCGGAGAGAAGCCGUUCGCUUGCCCUCAGUGCGGGAAGAGCUUCUCACGCAGAAGAAGCCUGAACGAUCACAUACUAAUUCACAACGAAGAGAAGCGCUUCGUCUGUCCUCAGUGUGGAAAGAGGUACAAACGCAACGAACACUUUCGGACUCACUUACUAAGUCACGAUGGAGGCAAGCCCUUCCCCUGCUCACAGUGCGGAAAGAGUUUCAGUUUUAAACGAACCCUUAACGAUCACAUCAAAAUUCACACUGGAGAGUGUCUGCACACGUGCCUUCAGUGCGGAAAGAGUUUCCUGAAUAAAGGACACCUUAAGGAUCACAUCAAAAUCCACACCGGAGAGCGACCUUUCACCUGCGCUCAGUGUGGAAAGAGCUUCAUCAGUAAACAGAACGUGACAUCUCACAUGAGAAUCCACACCGAGGAGAAGCCUUUCAAAUGCCUUCAGUGUGGAAAGGGUUUUGCGUGGGCAAGCUGUCUGAAAAUCCACAUGCGCCACUCUCACUCCGAAGAAAGGGAGUUUACCUGCGAGCACUGCAAUAAAACCUUUGUUUUAGAGUCUUACCUGAAGAGACACUUGAAGAUUCACCAGAACGAGAAACCUUUCGUCUGUUCGGUGUGCGGGAAAAGUUUUUUAUGGCUCCUGUGUUUCAAAGCGCACCAGAAAAUACACGAGGGUGUGAAAACCCAUGUGUGCUCCGAGUGCGGCAGGGCCUUUGCCACGGCCGAUUAUUUGAUAAAACACCACAAAAUCCAUAUGGGAGAACGGCCGUACGUGUGCUUAUACUGCGGAAAGAGAUUUACUAAGAAAGCAAACCUGGUAGAUCAUGUGAGGCUGCACACUGGAGAGAAGCCGUACACAUGCGCUCAGUGUGGAAACAGUUUCACCUCAAGAAAAGGUCUAAGCUAUCACAGAGAAAAGCAUUGUCCUCAAAGCGUGCCAAAGUCAUGUUCAGCUGAAAUCCGGACAGUGCCGGAUAUGCCUAAAGAUUGCGUUUCUACCAUUACAUCUACAACCUUUAGUGGUGAAUGAGCUCUCAUUCGAUGUGAAUGGCAGCAGAAAGUUUGUGUAUCUAGUACUUUAUUGUAAAAGAACAUUUAAGGGAAGGAAAUAAAACAGAUAAGCAAGGCAGUGAGAGUGGAGUCUGGGAAACUGUACAUAUUUUAGAAUACAUAGAUGUAAAUGUAGCUCUGGCUCUUUUCAGCACUGCACUCAUUGUCUUCUGUCUUCCAUUUUUAUUUCCACAGUGUGAAGGAUUUCUGAAUGAACUGUUCAUUUUAAAAUCUUCCCAGUCUACUGAAAUUUUUUUUUUUUUUGACAUCAGCUUCAAACAUUACAAUGCACAUGAUAACUUGUGUUAAAUCUACAACAAGUAAAUCCACUACAGCAAGCUAAUUACUCUUCAACAGUGAUCCUAUCCACCUUAUUUUUCAACGUGGAAGUAAGCUUUUUUUUGUGAAUGCGCUUGACUUCCGGUUCAUUAGCUGCUGUAUGGAAAUAAUGAGAAGAAAAACAACAUACAGUAAACUGUAAAACUGUGUGCGCUACAAACUCAUAACUAAGAUAAUACUUUAAAAUAAUAUGGUAAGACAUACCAGUUUUCUAUAUUGAGCAGCAAAACAAGCUGUUUUGUUUAAUUGUUGUACAGUGUGAAAAUAAUUACGCUAUAUUGAUGUGCGCAUGCCCAGUAGCCGCAGCUGUAUCCCAACUGACCUUGUCCUGCUCUUAAGAGAAAAAUAAGGUGGUAUCCAGCUACUGCAAAAAGUUCAAAGACAGGUUUCUGAAGAUGUCUGCGCAAUUGUUUCUCUGAAGCAUAAGCUCUAUAGUAUAUUUAGAGGGGGUCAAGCAUGCACCUAGAGGAAUAGCCUAUAUUAAAAAAAAGUAGCAUUUUUGUAUUUAUUUAUUUUUUUAUGAAUUUUAUUCCAAAGUAGAAUUGUCCUGGUCAAAAAAUUAUAUAAUUCUUGUAGAUGAUUCAAUCAAGCAAAUUCCAAGAUCUAAGUAAGCUGUAUAGAAAAUAAUAUACUGUGCAUUAAAAUGAGAUUUUAAAGCAUGUAAGAAACCAAAAAAAUAAUAAAUAAAUAAAUAAAAUAAAAAAAUGAAACGCGUUUUUAUAUAUUUAGAUUUUAUUCAUUUCACAAUUUGAAUUUUUUUUCUUUGUGUUUUUAAUUUGGUGCUAGUGUUUAUGGAACUAAAUAUAAAAAUUAAUGUAUUUACGAAAUAUGAUUACUCAUACUCUUUGGCAUGAUACACAGAAUUGCUGCUGAUUGUGAUUGUACAUGUUUACUGUACUGUAAUAAAAACAAUUGAAUGAA